AUGAAGAAGGUCAAAAAGAAAAGGACAGAGGCCAAACGCAGCCGAGAUUUCACCACCCCGCCUGCUACCACUGACUCCCUCUCACAGCAGCCUAGCCCUGAAUCCAGCUCACCCCAGGCUAGUAUCGAAUCCAGCUCACCACAGCAUAGCUCUGACUCCUCUCCACAGCGUCCUAGCCUUGAAACCACCCCCCAGCAGCCUGCAGCCCAAACCCUUCCAUCUUCUGAAAGACGCCGCUCCUCUGGGCGCCUGGUACCUUCAAAAGCUGACAAAAAAGCAGCCCCUCAAUCCAGAAAAACAGGGCCUCAGCUGCAUCUGGCCCUGCAUACCUGCUCCUGUGCCCUGUGCCCUGGCAGCUCCACUUGCUGGUGUCGUCUGGGGCUAUGCCAUAGCCGCAUCUUCGGUAUCCUUCUGCCUCGGGACUGGCAGAUCGUGCCAGGGAGAGGAUUCCCAAACCUCCUCACCUUCUACAGAAGACCUACAAGAAAACUUUCCGCUCAGCGUAUCCCAUGUCUUCCAAGCCCUUGGGACUGUUGCUGUGGCUCUGGGGGCCCUGGGAGCUGCCUACUACAUCACUGAAUCCCUGUGAGCAAUCCCCCAGCCCCACGGUCUGGCAGAUCCAGUUUCCAUCAAAGGAUCUCACUUGUCACCAAA